CGUCCGCGAGUGAAGGCCGUCUCUCGGCGCUAUCUCCAUCCGACCCGAAUAUUAACGCUGAAAAACACGAGGCGACGAGUAUAUUCUUUCUGAUGCGCGAGCCCCGAGGAGAGCGACGACACCAUGUUCGUGUACGUGAAGCCGUUCUGUAGCCUGGUCAGCCCUAAGCUCGCCUGUACCAUCAUCGGCUACGUCUCCGCGGGGCUUGCAUUUGCAACAUCUCUGGCCGCAUUCAUGAGGGUCAUUGUCGCCUCAAGCGACAGCCGCAUCAUACCCGAGAACCAAGGAGAGAUCAAAGUCAACUACCUGCUGUUCCUGUUUCCGGGCAUCUACUGUCUCCUGCACGUCACAACUUGCGUCCUUCUCAUCUGGGGCGUCAAAAUAGUGCGCGCUCAGCACGUCCUGCCGU